CUUAAUAUUAUUAAAAAAAUCACAAGGAGGAGAAUAAUUGAACAAAAGAAUAUUUGUUGAUUUUAAAAUUGAUUGGGGGAUGAAGAUGAGUCUUCUUCUUCUUCUUCUUCUUCUUCAGUGAGAGAGAGGAGAAGUCUCUAUCUCUCACCAACAACAAAUCUUCCCACAAUAAAAACCCACUCAAGAAGAAGAUUACUUGUAGGGAAACAGCUAGCCAUAUCUUUCUUUAUUUAUUAACAGUAAUAUAUUAUUGGAAAAAAAAACUUUGAUUGAAUGGGGGAAGAAGCAGCAAAACCCUCCGAAGCUGAGGAAUCUGGGAAUACUUCUUCUGUGGUGGUGGUUGUACCUCAAGAAUCAGAAUCGGCAAUGAGGACUAUUCCGGUUGAAGGUUCAUCUUCUACCAAGAGUAGUCCUUGGUGUACCCCUAUCAGGUUGCUUGUGAUCUUUUGUGUGAUAAACAUGUUAAAUUAUAUUGACCGGGGAGUAAUCGCAAGCAAUGGUGUGAAUGGAGACCGUAAGAAGUGUGACAAAAAUGGUGUGUGCACUGCUGGGACCGGAAUUCAGGGAGCCUUUGACUUAAACAAUUUCGAGGAUGGAGUUUUAUCGUCUGCUUUCAUGGUUGGUCUUCUGGUGGCAUCUCCGAUAUUCGCAUCCUUAGCGAAGAGCCACAAUCCUUUUAGGCUUAUUGGUGUUGGGUUAGCUGUUUGGACCUUUGCUACAGCCGGUUGUGGUGGUUCAUUCAAUUAUUGGAGCAUUGCAGUUUGUCGCAUGUUGGUUGGUGUUGGUGAGGCUUCUUUUAUAAGUCUUGCGGCUCCUUUUAUUGAUGACAGUGCUCCUGCUGCUCAGAAAACAGCAUGGCUUGCGCUCUUUUAUAUGUGUAUACCGACUGGAAUUGCAAUUGGUUAUGUCUACGGUGGAUUGGUCGGAAAUCAUCUUGGUUGGCGUUAUGCUUUCUUCGGUGAAGCAAUUCUAAUGCUCCCUUUUGCUGUUCUUGGCUUUGUUAUGAAGCCUUUGCAGUUGAAAGGUUUUAAUGAAGCAGGCAAGGCUGUGACCUCUGCAAAGACAAUUGACCCUGUAUCUGGAGUAAAAGAGGUUCCUGAGGGCAAAGGUGAUGUCCCGGCUGGACAUGGGCAGUUCAGCGGCAAGAUCUCAAACAAAACAUCUUGGUCAAAGCGUGCACUCCGUCAGAUUUCAAGGUUUGGGAAAGAUAUGAAAGUGCUUUUGAAGGACAAGGUUUAUCUCGUUAAUGUUCUAGGUUACGUUGCAUACACUUUUGUCAUAGGGGCUUAUUCAUACUGGGGGCCAAAGGCUGGUUACAGUAUUUAUCAGAUGACCAAUGCCGAUAUGACGUUUGGGGGGAUCACAAUCAUUUGUGGAAUAGUUGGAACACUAGCUGGAGGUUUCUUCCUUGAUCGUAUAAGUUCCACAAUUAACAAUGCAUUUAAGCUUCUUUCUGGAGCAACAAUUCUAGGAGGCGCACUUUGCUUUGGUUCCUUUUGCUUCAAGAGCAUGUAUGGAUUCAUAGCUUUUUUCGCAUGUGGUCAAUUGUUUCUCUUUGCAGCUCAGGCACCUGUAAAUUUCGUAUGUCUUCAUUGUGUUAAACCCAGUUUGAGGCCAAUCUCUAUGGCAAUGUCUACUGUUGCAAUUCAUAUAUUUGGUGAUGUUCCUUCUUCACCACUUGUUGGGCUCCUUCAGGAUCGUCUCAACAACUGGAGGAACACUGCACUUAUUUUAACGUCGAUCUUUUCUGUCGCGGCCGGUAUAUGGUUUAUAGGGGUGUUUCUUCACAGCGUGGACAGAUUUGAUGAGGAGGAAAACGAGGAAGACAAUGCUGACACGGGCAAGAGCUCGACCACGAAAACAUCGGUUGAAGAGAAUCCCAAAAGAGUAGAGCCUUCUGAACCAUGAAGAACCUAACAAAUAGUUUAGAUACCACUUCUUUCUGCUCUGUCCAAAGAUGUAACUAAUAGAUGUGAUUAGAGGACACACGAAAAUCCACGGAAACCCUUUCGAAGUUGCUAACAAUAGGUUAAUUUUUUUUGUGCAUAGUAAUUGUUUUCCACAGUUAUGUGAAUAAGUGACUGAUUCCUCAGUUUCCUUUACUGAGUUUCAAUAAUUAUUUGUUUACUCUAGGCAGCCAAUGUGUAAAUGAUAAUUACCUUUCGACAGUUUUUAUACACAAUAUUUUUUUUUU